GGCUGUUGCUCGUUCUAUUUUCCAACUUGUCAAUCAGUGUUUUUAGUAGCUGCUAGUAAGUUCUACUGUUCGCUUUACCUGCGCCUCUCUCUAUCUCUCCUAUCUAUCUCUCUCUCUCUCCUGUUCAUCCCCAGGCUCAUCCGCUCCCCCUUCUCCACCCCCAACAACAAUGGCCAUGCUUCUUCGAAGCGCCAAUUUUCGCGCGCCGUCACCUUCUCUCUCUACUCCUAUCUCUCCAUUAAGACCUAUCAAGUGUUCUCUUUCUGUUACUUUUAAAACUAAAUGCUACACUACAAAUACUUGCUUAUAUUCUCACAAUUUUCCCUCCAAAUUCUCCCAUAAAGUUGCUGCGUCAAAGUUUGUGGUUCUUGCUUCUUCUGGAGAAGCCACUGAAACUGAAGAAAUUCAGCAACCUGAGAUCCAGGAGAAUACAGAUGAAGCUCUGAAUGGUGAAGCUGUACAAGAGGAAGUAAGUGAUGAUGCUAAAUCUGAUGCUGAUGAAGCUCCCACAUCACCAGUGAUAACUGCUUUACAGUUGUAUAAAGAGGCUUUGAAUAAUAAUGAUGAGACCACAGUUGGUGAGUUAGAGGCGUUCUUUAAAUCCAUUGAAGAUGAAAAGGAGAUGCUUGAAAGAAAGGUUGCCUCUAUGUCUGAAGAUCUGUCAGUAGAAAGAGAUCGUGUUCUUAGGAUUGGUGCAGAUUUUGAUAAUUUCCGGAAGAGAACAGAAAGAGAACGUUCUUCAUUGGUGACGAAUGCAAAGGGAGAGGUAAUUGAGAAUUUUUUGGGUGUUUUGGAUAAUUUUGAGAGGGCGAAAUCUCAGAUCAAGAUAGAGUCUGAAGCUGAGGAGAAAAUCAGCAAUAGUUACCAGAGCAUAUACAAGCAGUUUGUUGAAAUUUUAGGUUCAGUUGGUGUUGUUCCUGUUGAGACAGUUGGUAAACCAUUUGAUCCAUUGUUGCACGAAGCCAUCAUGCGAGAAGAUUCCAGUGUAUAUGAUGAGGGCGUUGUAAUCGAAGAAUAUCGUAAAGGGUUUAAGCUUGGUGAUAGGCUUCUACGCCCAUCUAUGGUGAAAGUAUCCGCAGGUCCAGGACAAGAAAAGCCUGAAACGGUUGAAUCAUCUGUACAAAACGAGGGUCCAACUGAGGACAGUGAGGAAGAUGUCAGUGCUGAAGGUGAUUCAGAUGAGCAAACAACUCCAUAAAAUUCAUUUUUGUUAGAUUAGGGGAGGGUUUGAACAACUUUUCAAUUGGUAACCAGUUGUUUCCGCUGCUGUAACAAAAAAUUAUUGUUAUUGUUGUUCUCCUUGAUUACGAGAGGACACCGAUUGUAAUAGUUUUGUGCUCACAGAAGAUAAUAAUAGAUACGGUGAUGAUUUGAAUUAA